GGACGCAGGACGACUACGACCUGAAAAAUGUGUAACUUACUUACAUUGCCAGAAGAAAUUCUUAUACUUAUUAUUAAACAAUUGGAUCUAGCUUCAGUGAAUAAUUUAUAUAAUACCUGUAGAAGAACGCGAGAUGUGAUUUGUCUUUUUAAAGUAAUCAAGAAAUGUAAUAUGUCUUGUAACAGAAUGGCUUCAGCACAUAUACUCCAGUUACCAUUUUUCAAAGACAUUGCCCCUUAUAUAGAAAAUCUGAACUUGGCUUGUGUAAACAAUUUAAAUAAAACACUUUUACUAUCUGCAGUAAGAAGAUUAAAGUGCUUAACAACAAUUAAUGUGUCCUACACUAACAUAAGUAUUAUUGACUUUUUACAAAUUUAUAAGAACUGUUCUACUAUAACAGAUGUUACUCUUGAUUCUAUUUUUGAUAAAAAAAAUUUAAAAACUUUGCAAGACGUACCACGGAAUAUUUUACUGAUGUGUCAGGAUGUGUUUGAGAAAUUUAAAAGCAUACACUUUAUAGGAUCACUGCUAAAUUUGGUUUAUAAUACUUAUACUAUGUUUAUGUUACAAAAAACUAAAAAUAUUAAAUUAAAGUUUAGUAUUUCUCCUCUACAUAAUGUGCUGUAUACACGAUUUGAAUGUGACUUGGCGCCAAUAAGUUUUGAUGAAAUUGUAAUAUCUUCAGUUAACACAGAACAUGACAUAGAAUCUUUGAACAAUCCACAUUUUCCACACCAUAUAGAUAAAUAUGAGUAUUUUUUGCUAACAAUGUCAAAAUCAUGUGUAACUCAAAUUUAUUGUACAUCAUUAUUUAGAGACUUUAUUAAAAACAAUUAUAAUAAAGACCCAGGUUCUUUAACAAGUUUAUGUGAGCAUUAUCCAUCCUAUAAAGCUGUAUUUUUAUUCUGGAAUAAAGAAACAAAUGUUUUUAAUGAAGGUUUCUUUAGUCGCUUACAAAGACAUCUUCAGCCUUAUUUUGUAUACUGCAUUGACAUAACUAAGAACGAACUUGUCCCACAUAAUUAUGACAGAUUUUACAUCAAGUAUGAGGAUCCUCUUUUGGAAAAUCCAGCAAAUAGUAAUGAAAGAAUUGAACCUUCUUGUAAGAAAAUAAGAUUAGGUCAACCAAGUAUAAUAAUUGAUUAUGAUGACAUUUUUAAAGAAAAAGAAAGAAUCAUGUUGUCAAUUUACUUUAACUAUUCUUCAAAACCAAAUCCAAUAGCCUUAUCACCAUCAUCUAACUUUUUAACCAAAUUAACAUAUUUAAGCUUAACAGGUUCUAUACCAUAUAGUAGUGAAUUUUUCAAUGUGUUAUUUCGGUGCUGUUUACAAUUGGACACAUUAAACUAUGAAGAUAACUUUAGUGUGAAUUAUAUAAAAUCUAUUGCUCGAUCUAUCCCUUUGAGCAAGUCAAUAAAAAAUGUCAGAUUAUUAGGCAAGAGAAUCGAUCAUAGAACUUUGAUCAUGUUUUUAAGUCAAUGCAGUAGUUUAGAAAAUGUCCAUAUAGUAGAGUUAAGCAAAGAGAAUUUUGAAAAUAAUGACUAUCAACUAAUGUUUCAGAAGUGUAAAAAUUUAUAUUGUUUAUACUUAUAUGCCCGCGUAAGCGAAAACAAUAGAAAUAAACAGCUAUUGACAUUAAAUAGGGCAAAGGUAAAAUCUCAACAGCACCAUACAUCGGUUAAAGUAGUUAACGUUGACUUGCAUGGUGCACUACAUAGCAAUCCAUUUUCAUAUUUAUUUAAAAUAUAAAUACUGUUCAUAAGAA